UCGUACUUUUCUCUAAGUCAACAUGAGUCGACAAUUUAGUUCCAAGUCUGGGUACCGGAGUGGAGGAGGUUUCAGCUCUGGCUCUGCUGGGGCUGUCAGCUGUCAGCGCCGGUUCACCAGCAGCUCUGUGCGCCGUAGUGGAGGAAGUGGUGGGAGAUUUUCAAGCUACGGUGGUGGUGGUGGAGGAGGCUUUGGAAGCCGGAGUCUUGUUAGCCUUGGUGGCAAUAAGAGUAUCUCUAUAAGUGUAGCUAGAGGAGGUGGACGUUGUGGUUUUGGUGGUGGUUAUGGAGGUGGUGGCUUUGGUGGUGGUGGCUUUGGUAGUGGUGGCUUUGGUAUCGGUUAUGGCGGUGGAGGUUUUGGUGGUGGUGGUGGUGGUUUUGGCAGCGGAGGUGGUUUUGGUGGAGGUGGUUUUGGAGGUGGUGGAUUUGGAGGUAUUUAUGGGCCUGGGCCUGCCUUCCCCCCUGGUGGCAUUCAUGAAGUCACCAUCAACCAAAGCCUUCUGCAGCCCCUCAAUGUGGAGAUUGACCCUCAGAUCCAAAAAAUCAAGUCUCAAGAAAGGGAGCAAAUCAAGUCACUCAACAACCAGUUUGCCUCCUUCAUUGACAAGGUGAGGUUCCUGGAGCAGCAGAACCAGGUGCUGCGAACAAAAUGGGAGCUGCUGCAGCAGAUAGAUACUACCACUAGAACCCAGAGCUUAGAGCCCCUAUUUGAGCAAUACAUCAACAACCUCAGAAAUAGAAAGGACCAACUGCAGAAUGACCGGUCUCGGCUGGAAUUGGAACUGAAGAACGUGCAAGACCUGGUGGAGGAUUACCGGAACAAGUACGAGGAGGAGAUCAACAAGCGGACAAACGCAGAGAAUGAAUUUGUGACCAUCAAGAAGGAUGUGGAUGCUGCUUAUCUGAACAAAGUGGACCUUCAGGCCAAAGUUGACAACUUGCUUCAGGAAGUUGAGUUCCUCACAGCACUCUACCAAGCGGAGUUGUCUCAGAUACAGACUCACAUCAGUGAAACGAAUGUUAUCCUCUCCAUGGACAACAACCGUAGCCUGGACCUGGAUAGCAUCAUCGCGGAGGUCAAGGCUCAGUAUGAGGAGAUUGCCCAGAAGAGCAAGGCUGAGGCUGAGGCCCUGUACCAGACUAAGUAUGAAGAGCUCCAAAUCACCGCUGGCAGACACGGGGACAGUUUGAAAACUUCAAAGAUAGAGAUUUCUGAGCUGAACCGGACAAUCCAGAGACUUAGAUCUGAAAUUGACAAUGUCAAGAAGCAGAUCUCUCAGUUGCAGCAGUCCAUCAGUGAUGCUGAGCAACGUGGUGAGAAGGCUCUUAAAGAUGCCCAGGGCAAGCUGGCAGAUCUGGAGGAUGCCCUGCAGAAGGCCAAGGAGGACCUGGCCCGCCUGCUGCGGGACUACCAGGAGCUGCUGAACACCAAGCUGGCCCUGGAUCUGGAGAUUGCCACCUACAGAACCCUCCUGGAAGGAGAGGAGAGCAGGCUCUCUGGAGAGUGUGCCCCGAACGUGAGUGUGUCUGUGAGCACCAGCCACACCAGCAUCAGUGGAGGCGGUGGCCGAGGAGGCGGUGGUUUUGGCUCUGGCGGCGGCAGCAGCAGUGUUAUCUAUGGCUCUAGAGGUGGUGGCGGCGGCAGCAGCAUCAGCUAUGGCACUGGAGGCAGCAGUGGGGGCCAGAGAGGUGGCUCUGGAUUGGGGGGUGGCAUCUCUGGCGGUGGGAGCUCCGGAGGCAGCUAUAUCUCCUCAGGAGGCCGAGGAUCCAGCUCUGGGGGCAUCAAGACCUCAGGUGGCAGCUCCAGUGUGAAGUUUGUCUCCAGCACUUAUUCCCAAGGGUCCAGAUAAAGAGAUGCUCUCUACCUUGUUAGUUCUCCCUCUCCAUCACUACCAAACAUGCUUGAGAAGACCAAGGUCAAUUGCCCCAGCCUUCUAGAAGAAAAGAACUAUAGUUAGUUAUACUGGUUUAUCCUAUUUCCCGAGCUCUUUCUUUUCUCCCCUGCUUCCCAAAGUUUUCAGACCAGUGGCAAUGUCAGUCCCCUGACUUUGACCAUGUCUUGUGCUUUGCUUGAGAAAUAGUCCAGCAAUGACCACUGCACACAUUAUAUUUUGAAGCACCUCCUUAAGCCAGCCAGAGGAGGGCCAGUUGGACCCAUGGCUUCUUUGCCACACAUACGGAGCACAUGCUCUGGAAAGUUCCUUUGUAUCUUCUCUCUUGCAACAACCUCUGUGCUGCUUUGAUUUUGUACAUAAGGUAUCAGCCAAUUGUGUAUCUUUUGUGGAGAGGUUUAAACUCCCUUUUUCUUCUGUUGCUUCAAUAAACUGCAUUUGAAAUUCUCUGUGAGUUGCAAUCUCCUUUGUUCAUGGCACUGUUUACUCUGGAUGGGUGCUUUGUGGGAGUGAAAGAAGAUGCUAGAGUCACAUGACAUAUGGGGGGUUGAGACAACGUGAACAUGAACAAUUGGAGAGGCUGAUCAGGCAACAGUGAAACAGGGUGGGAUGACAGAGAGCAAGCUCUUUCACAGAGGUGGAGAUGCCGUGGAGAAAUGGAGAGACGGGUGUGGAAGGUUUCAUCUGAGAAGACUUUCUUGAAAAGGGCAGUGAGCAAGCAGGUUGGGAAGGAGGGGUGUGGCAUUGAGAAGAGGGGGAAGCAUUACAUGGAAAAGUAAUUGCAUAUGUGGAACAGCUAAUGAUGAGAGGGGUGUGGGUAAAGUAGGGUCAGAAUCUAUUGUAGCCAGAAUACAGACUUUGGCUUGAGGAGUUCAAGAACUGAGAAUGGUAAUGGGGAUUUGGACAUACCAUUUCUUCUCUCUUUCAGGCCACCACUCAAAGCUUUGCUUAAUCUAAAAGUUCCCUGUUGACACAUAGCAUGGACUGUGAACUAGUAUGACAAGAUAGCAUAGAGGUCAGGAGCAUGAACAUUUGAGCUCAGAAUGCUUAGGUAUGAAUCUUACCACCAACAUUUACUAGUUCUGUGAUAAUGUUCAAGUUAUAAAUUUUCUUGUACUUCAGUUUUAUUAUCUCUAAAGUGGGAAUAUAAUGCCUCCCUUAUGGGAAUUUUCCUGGGUAUGGAGAAAGUAAAGGAACAAGGAAGGAGGAAAGACUUGGUUUCACCUUGGAAGCCAGAGUCAGGAUUGAAUAAGAUGGUGCAUGAACAUGGCUUGCACAUAAAACCACUCACUAAGUGCCAAUUUUAAUAAUAAUAGAAAUGAUGAUAAUGAUGAUGAUCUGGCUAUUGUAAUAUUGCUUCUUGGUUUCCAAAUAGCUCAGCAGAUGCUUGCUCUUAGGAACAAGUGAACAUCAACUUCCCAAUGUUUCUACAACCACAAAAAAGUCAGUCAACUUCUCUGAGGAUUAAUUUUCUUAGUUUCCAAUUUUGAAAAAGCCUUUUUUGGUUCCAUCAUCAACCAGGGCUGAGAGGGAAUAAACAGCAUAUAGAUCAGUGAGAAUAUUACAUAAACACAACUUGGGCGAGUUCUAACUUUCCUCCCCAACCAUUCCUUCACCACCGCUGUUGCUUGCCUGAACUGAUGUGAGAGUUUGGGAAGUAUUAUGGUAGAGUAAAGAAAAGAAGGGAUUUUGAUUCAGAUAAUCUGGGUUUAAAUCACUCUGAUAUCUAAAGGACAAGUAAAGGAAAUAAUCCAUAGCUUACUGGAUGUGUGGAUCCUUGGAUAAGUCACUUUACCACCCUGAGCCUCAACUGCCUUGUAGGUAAAAUGGGGAUGAGAGUAUUUGCCUCCAGACAUCAAGAGGAUAUAAACUAUAAUGUGAAAAUGCUUUGUGACCUGUGUUUUACACAAAAGUUGUUAAAUUAAAUUAAAAGGGAGAGACAAAGGAGCGGAAUGAGGCAGCUGCUUUCUCAGAGCCUGAAAGGAGGACAGUACUACAAUGUGGUCACUGUAGACAAGUGACAUCUCUGUAGGGACAUGAAAUUGAUUUUGUUAACGCACACUACUUGACUCUGCUUACAUCCUGAGGACCAACUUAUGAGACCCAAACACACAAGAAAUGGAUGUGUAAACAAGGAAGUUCAUGUAUUAGCUUACAGAAGAACCUACAAUUUUCAGCGCCUGAAACACCAGAGCUUUCCUGUCCUGUUAUCAAGAUACCUGGGAAAGUGAAUUAGUCACAAAAGAUGGCUUGUGCUUGUGCAAUUAGAACAAUGGGAGUUCUAAUUGGUGGGUGGCCUUAAGGGAGAUUAUCUUCCUCCUCCACUGGGGAAUGAAGCUCAGGUGCCACCAGAUACGUUCUCCCUGGGACACUGAUGAAAGAACAGUGGUGUAUUCUUGUACUUCUAUGCCCGUUUUCUAGGUUCUUUCUUAGUUUACAACUUCCUUUAGUCACAUUUCGGUAUUAGAGAUAUCCAUGUUCAUCUUAUUUGGGCUUGAGUUUUCUUGGUAAAGUCAGACAUGAAACAGAGACUACUACAAGCUAUAGUGAAACUUAUCAAGGCUUAUAAGGUCCCAAAAUCUCAAUGAGAACCUUGUACAAGUCAGUACAAAAUGAAGAACUAACUUGAGUGAGAUCAAGUGCCCCAAUGCACUAGAAAUAUGUUGUUGUUGUUAGGUGCUGUCGGUUCUG